UCCACCAGCGUACUUCUCGCCAUCAUCAUCGCUUCCUGAGGUCACCUCGAAAUCGUCAGGUCCUCCCAAGCCUGUCUUGUUAGCCUUCAAGGCCAUGCAUCUCCAAGCAGCGAUCUCGUGCGUUGCUCUCCUCUUCGCAUGGAUGACGUCCUUGAGAUACGCGACUGCUUUUCGGGCUUCAUCAGGAGAUGUGGCUCGAAAGAUGUUACCGAUAAAAAUGGACCCGCGAUCUCUGAUUUCUUGCGAGGUCGCUAGGGAUCGUGGUGGAGGCCUGGAGGACUUGAUGAACGAAUCCAGGUUGGAAGACAUUCGCGAGAGAGAGCUUCAGCUUCAGCACUAAUAAUUCCCGGUGUGUGAUCGAGAACAAUUGCUGGUCUAGAACAAUGAGGGGAAAGGUUCCCACGAUUACAAAACUUCUAGGGUGACUACAAUGCAUGCCUUUCGGAGUCCAUAGAUAUCCCAAAGCGGCAGAAACGGCAGCGUCGGUGAAACAAAGGCACCAAAAGAGGUGUCCAUUGCCCCAAGUUGCAGGACAACCAUAUCCACCAUAUCCACUGGGUUCCAUUCCUGCCACGGUGCUCCCUCUCCUCCACCAUCGACCAAGAGGACGACAAUCUAAACGAUGGCCGACAAUAUCGGCGACCUCAUUGAUCAGACUGCCAACCUGCGGACGCUGGCGCCCGCAGCAGUGGGGACGCAGGUCGGGCUUAUGUCUGUCGUUUCAGCCAUUACCAUCCUGGUCUUCAACAUUUUACGUCCGAGAAACAAGAUUGUUUAUGAACCGAAAGUCAAAUACCAUGUGGGCAACAAACAACCGCCGCGGAUAUCAGACUCUAUCUUUGGCUGGGUGUCCCCUCUUUUACACACCAAGGAGCCAGUACUGGUCGAAAAGAUUGGGCUCGAUGCUGCAGUCUUCCUUCGAUUCCUCCGCAUGAUGCGAUGGCUGUUUACCUGCAUUGCCGCUCUCGCAUGCGCUGUUCUUAUCCCCAUCAACGUCACGUACAACCUCCAAAAAGUUCCCAAGGAAGGUCGCGACGCGCUCUCUAUGCUUACAAUCCGCGACGUCCAGGGUAACCGACUUUUUGUUCACGUCGCUGUCUCAUAUGUGAUUACAUUUCUGGUCAUGGGCUUUGUCUGGAUGAACUGGCGAGCAGUGAUCAUUCUGAGAAGAAGCUGGUUCCGGUCUCCGGAAUACAUUCAGUCGUUCUACGCUCGGACGCUGAUGCUGAACGAUGUUCCGAAAAAGUACCAAUCUGAUGAAGGCAUUCGGGCUAUCUUCAACUCUGUGAAUGCGCCUUAUCCAACCACGUCGGUGCACAUCGGGCGUUCUGUCGGCAGGCUACCGGAGUUGAUUGAGUAUCACAACGAUGCUGUGCGGGAGCUCGAGCAAGCUUUGGUCAAGUACCUGAAACACGGCAAGAUUGGCAAGGUACGGCCUACGAUUCGCGUAGGAGGGUUCAUGUGUUUUGGGGGUGAAAAGAAGGAUGCUAUUGAUUACUACACCGCGAAACUUCAGAGAACGGAACGCGCAGUGGAGGAAUUUCGCAAUCAGAUUGACAAUCGCAAGGCUGAGAACUACGGUUUUGCUUCAAUGGCAGCUGUUCCUUAUGCCCACAUCGUUGCAAACCUGCUCAGGAACAAGCGUGUGAAGGGUGCCAAUGUUUCGCUGGCACCUAACCCGAAGGACAUUAUCUGGGAAAACUUGAACAAGCCUAAGGCUGAGAUCAAUGGCAAGAAAUUGACAGGCUGGAUCUUCCUCGUCCUCGUCUGCUUCUUCAACACCGUUCCGCUUUUCAUCAUCUCGAUCCUGGCCAACUUAGCUUCUAUCACGACUUAUGUACCAUUCCUUCAAGCCUGGUCAGAUGCGUCCCCCGAAACCUUCACAAUCGUCUCUGGUGUUUUGCCCCCUGCUGUAUCUGCUCUCUUUGGUUUCUUCUUGCCUAUCGUUAUGCGUUGGUUAUCUCAGUACCAAGGUGCUACCACUCAUUCGCGAUUGGACCGUGCUGUCAUUGCUCGAUAUUUUGCUUUCUUGGUUAUUUCGCAACUGGUUAUCUUCACUCUCAUUGGUGUCAUCUUCAAUUCCGUGAAGGAAAUUGUUAGCGAGAUUGGGAAACAUAAGAACAUCCACGAGAUCCUCGAUAACAUCGACAAACUUCCUGGUAUCAUCAACCGAACAUAUAUCGACCAGGCGUCAUAUUGGUUGACCUACUUCCCGCUUCGAGGUUUCCUCGUCUUGUUCGAUCUGGCCCAAAUCAUCAAUCUCGUAUGGAUCUUCAUCAAGACUCAUCUUUUCGGUCGAACGCCUCGUGAUAUCCGUGAAUGGACGCAACCUCCCGAGUUCCAAUACGCCGUAUAUUAUUCUAACAUUCUUUUUAUGGGUACGGUCGGCAUCGUCUUUUCGCCGUUAGCUCCCCUAGUCGCGGUGGCAGCUGCUGUCGUUCUCUGGGUCAGCUCUUGGGUCUACAAAUACCAACUUAUGUUCGUUUUCGUAUCCCAAGUUGAGACGGGAGGGCGUCUUUGGAACGUUAUCAUCAACCGACUGCUCGUCUCUGUUGUACUAAUGCAGCUACUCAUGAUACUGACAAUCGGUCUUCAGCACGGCUUCGAAUCGCUCUACUGGCUAUCCACUCUUCCGCCUAUCCUGCUCAUCGUCGGGUUCAAGCUCUACCUCAUGCGAACUUUCAAUGCUGAAUUCCGAUUCUACGUUCCCACUCAAGAAGAACUUCGCUUGGCCCAAGUCCAUUCCCAACGUGCCGAUAACAUGGGAAACCGUCUUGAGAAGCGUUUCGGCCACCCAGCGUUACAUGCUGAGUUGUUUACGCCUAUGGUGCACGCCAAUAUGACUGCGUUGCUGCCUCAGGUGUACAAUGGCAAGAUUGGAAAUGCACAAACGAAGUUGGACGAGUUUGGUGGAACAAAGAUGGAUGCGAGGGUUGUUGCUGGUGGUAUCAAGAUUGCUGGUAUUGAACAGGUCAGUUGGGAACAGCUCUUCCCACCUUCAAUUCAUCUUUCCAGCGCUGAUGCAUCUAUCACUUUGUAGAGCGACCUCGAAUAUGAUCCUGCACUGUACCAGCGCGAUCGUGGAGAAUUGGAUUGGGAUACUCGAUCGGUGUCCUCUGCCAACCUUUUAGCCAUGGACAACAAGUCUCAAUUCUACGCCAGCUCCACCACCUUGACAGGUCGAGCAUCGCCAGCUCCUGCGAAGGCAGCGUAUGAUCGUUAUCUUGCUCAAGGGCCACAGCCUGAGAUCGAGAUGACUCGGUUUGAUGGUGACCAACAGCCUUUGCUCACGGCGCAGCAGGUGCCGGGGUACUUCGAUCCCAUGAACCACAGUACCGCGAGCUUGCCCUACAGUACAGCACCGUCAUUAGGCGGCUUGCCAGAAGUUCCACCGAUGGUACCUCAGGUUCCUGCACAGUAUCAACAGCAGUAUAGGGAGGCACCUGUUCAUCGACCUUACCCGAGUCGAGAGAUAUCGUCGUCGCCUGGACCGUAUCAAGGGUACUCGCAGUAUCCAGCACAACGGUCAUCGCCUGAACGAGGAUCUGAGGUCAACAUGGCUGGGCGAGGGGCGUACAGAGGCCCUAGGGUAUGAUCAUGUUUCAUUCACUUGAUAUAUGAGGUGAACGAUCCCUUCAUAAUUUGCAUAUUUUGGUUGGGAAAAUCGGACUGCUGUGUAUUGCUUGAUCGUUGACUUGUUUUUUUUUUUUUCAUAUCUUUUCGUUACUGGUGCUUUCUUUAUUGGUUAUUGCAAUUGUUAUCUAGUCAUGUGUACAUCUCACUCGCUCACGUACUCACCCUCGUACUCACUCUCACUUACUCACUGGGCCGUUGCUGGCGCAUCUUUCUUUUCUGACGUAUUUGCUUUUUGUGGGCGGGCGCAUGGGAAGCCUAGAAAUUCUUUGGAGGUGUAACAAUCGGACUCAGUACAGUAACUUAGUAUGCAAGGUUAUGGCCUUACUUUAUGUUUCGUCUUUUAGUAUGCAGGUUCUAGCACUCUCAGUUAAAUUGACAAUAUGUAUGACGACGGAUGGCAAAACUGAUCAAUGCGAUUCGAUCGCU